GAAAAAAAAAAGAAUAUUAGAUCCACUCUUUUGUAUGAUCAACCAUGGGAAAUGAAAUAAUAAGCCCGACCAAGCCACGGUUUGAUCUAAGCAUGUCGAAAAGAACUAGAAAACCAUGGUCUAGUCUCAUCAACGAUAUGCAUCACCUUGAUUUAUCCACCCAAAGCUCACAACCAAAACCGGACAAAGAACAAGAGAAAAUCGAAGACAAAGAAAUUGAUCGUCAGAGUUUGAACAACCUGAUGAGAUGCGAGGAGAAAUCGAAUGAAGAAACUAAUGUUAACAACAAGAACUCUCUAGGUCAACAUUUCGGGGAUGACGAGGGGAUCAAGCAGACGAUGCAAUUGGUGGUGAAGAAAGAGAAGCUAGGUGGUGUGAAAUUCAAAGGUAUGAUGGGUCGUUAUGUUAAGGUCUGGAGCGGUUUGAUAAAGGCCAAACGUGACCGCAAAAUGCCGGUCUUACGGUUCAAAACUUGAUUUCCGUCGUAUACGUUUCAUGUACGUGAUCACGUCUAUAUACCUACAUUAGAUAUGUUACUUUCGUAUUAUUGAUGUGUACCGUAUAUUUUUGGCAUUUUGUUUUUUUUUUUUGUUUAUUAUUAUUAUUUACGAAUCUCCCUACAUAAAUUUUGUUAUGUGUAUCGAGCUUUUACCAAAUUUUAUUAUCUAUUAGCUUAGUCUUUACGUUGUC